AAAAAAUUUUAUUUCCCCUAUUCGUUCAAAUUCAAAUCAUAUCCUCUCCCCCAAAAAAAGAAGAACACCUUCCCCAGGUUUUUUCCUUCCUUCCUCUUCGAUUCCAUUUUAAUCUCCAGCUAUUUUUUUUUUUAUUUCAGAUCUUGGAUUUCAGAUCUCUCCGCAUUCGAUUCAGGAGUGUAAUGUAUGGUGUAUUGGUGUGAUUUGAAAGUUUGAUUGACAGAUUUAGGGAUCCGGUGAGGUCUUGGCGAUUUUGUGUUUCUGUGAUGGAGAAUUCGGAGGUGAAGGAUUGCGUUAGAGUUGCAGUUAACAUUAGGCCUCUGAUUACUCCCGAGCUUUUAAAUGGCUGUACUGAUUGCAUCACCGUCGUCCCUGGAGAACCACAGGUGCAAAUUGGGUCGCAUGCGUUCACUUAUGAUUAUGUCUAUGGAGGAGCUGGAUUACCAUCCUCAAGGGUAUAUGAUGAUUGUGUUGCUCCUCUUGUUGAUGCUCUCCUCCGUGGCUACAACGCCACGGUUCUUGCAUAUGGCCAGACGGGUUCUGGUAAAACAUACACAAUGGGAACAAACUACACAGGUGAAGGAAGUAAUGGUGGGAUCAUACCCAAAGUUAUGGAAAGUAUAUUCGAAAGAGUUGAAGCAACGAAAGAUUCUACUGAAUUUUUAAUCAGAGUAUCGUUUAUUGAGAUAUUCAAGGAAGAAGUUUUCGACUUACUUGAUCCAAAUUCAACGUCUUUGUCUAAAGCUGAGGGGGCCUCUCUUGUCAAGCCAGCAGCACCCGGCAGAGUUCCAAUACAGAUUAGAGAAACAGUCAAUGGAGGGAUAACACUUGCUGGGGUAACUGAGGCAGAAGUUAGGACAAAAGAAGAGAUGUCAUCAUAUUUAUCACGCGGUUCUCUAUCUCGUGCAACAGGAAGUACCAAUAUGAAUAGCCAAUCAAGUCGCUCACAUGCUAUCUUUACAAUAACCAUGGAGCAAAAGAGGAUAGCCAGUUGCCAGGCUGGGGUAACAAAUGAUGACAUUGGUGAGGAUAUCCUGUGUGCCAAGCUUCAUUUAGUGGACCUUGCCGGCUCUGAACGUGCAAAGAGAACUGGCGCUGCUGGACUGCGACUCAAAGAAGGCAUUCAUAUCAAUAAGGGUUUACUGGCUCUUGGCAAUGUAAUAAGUGCCUUGGGAGAUGAGAAGAAGCGGAAAGAAGGUGGCCAUGUUCCAUACCGUGAUAGCAAGUUGACUCGCUUGUUACAGGAUUCACUUGGAGGAAACAGCAAAACAGUGAUGAUUGCCUGUGUUAGUCCUGCUGACACAAAUGCUGAAGAGACAUUAAACACUUUGAAGUAUGCUAAUCGUGCUCGCAACAUUCAGAACAAGGCAGUUAUCAACCGUGAUCCGAUGGGAGCUCAGAUUCAAAGAAUGCGAAGCCAAAUUGAACAAUUGCAGGCUGAACUUCUAUUUUACCGAGGUGAAGGGACUGCACCAUUUGACGAACUUCAGAUUCUCAAACACAAGGUAUCUUUACUUGAAGCAAGCAAUGUAGAGCUACAACGAGAGCUUCAAGAACGAAGGGUUACUAGUGAACACUUGGCACAACGUGCUCUUGAAACUCAGGUUGACAGAGACAAGCUAAUAAUGAAAAUUGAAUCAGCUAAAAAUGGUAAAUCUUGGGAUGAGAUUGAUUCUAACCAAAAUCAGGAUACUGACUUGCUGAAAACUUAUGUCUCAAAAAUUCAAGAGUUGGAAGGGGAAUUGCUAUGCACAAGAAGAUUAAACAGCUCAAAACGUAGCCGAUUUUCAGAUUGUGUUGACUCUGAUGAUGAGGGUUUUCAGUCAAAAAAUGCAUUGUUUUCUUGUGUUAAUGAGUUGUCAUCUGACUGUGACACCAAAGGUAUGGACAUCUCAGAGAUUGAAGACAAUGAGAAGGAGCUUGAACAUUCUACCCUACAAGAGAAAUUGGAUAGGGAGCUUAAGGAGUUAGACAAAAAACUUGAACAGAAGGAGGCGGAAAUGAAGAGAUUUACAAAUGUAGAUACUUCUGUUCUUAAACAACACUAUGAGAAGAAAGUUCAAGACUUGGAACUAGAAAAGCGGGCAUUACAGAAAGAAAUUGAUAACCUGAGACAAAACAUUUCCAAUAUAUCAUCUACUUCUGGUGAUGCAGCUCAAAAAUUAAAGGAAGAGUAUCUUCAGAAGUUGACUGUACUUGAGACACAGGUAGCAGAAUUGAAGAAGAAACAAGAUGCUCAAGCUCAACUUUUGAGACAAAAACAAAAAAGUGACGAGGCAGCAAAACGACUACAGGAUGAGAUUCAGAGAAUCAAGACUCAGAAGGUUCAACUACAACAUAAGAUCAAGCAAGAAUCUGAGCAGUUUAGAUUAUGGAAGGCAUCACGAGAAAAAGAGGUUCUUCAGCUUAGAAAAGAGGGAAGAAGAAAUGAGUAUGAAAUGCAUAAGCUGCUGGCUCUUAAUCAACGACAAAAGAUGGUUUUGCAAAGAAAGACUGAAGAAGCCUCAAUGGCUACAAAAAGACUUAAGGAGCUUCUUGAAUCUAGAAAGGCCUCAUCACGCGAAACUUUCAGUGCUGGAAAUGGCAAUGGUGUUGGGGUUCAGGCUCUGAUGCAGACAAUUGAACAUGAGCUUGAACUCACAGUUCGGGUACAUGAAGUUCGCUCUGAAUAUGAACGACAAAUGGAAGAGAGGGCUAGGAUGGCCAAAGAGGUUGCCAAACUGAAGGAAGAAGCUGAGAUGCUUAAACGGACUAGUCUCAGUGAUUGCCCUGAGACAAUGUCGCCUGGUGCUAGAAACUCAAGAAUUUUUGCACUUGAAAACAUGCUUGCAACUUCUUCUAGCACUCUAGUCUCUAUGGCAUCACAGUUAUCUGAAGCAGAAGAGCGUGAACGUGUUUUUAGUGGACGGGGCCGUUGGAACCAAGUUCGGUCUCUUGCUGAUGCGAAAAAUAUAAUGAAUCAUCUAUUCAAUUUAGCAUCCACCUCCAGGUGCUCGCUGCGAGAUAAAGAGUGUGACUGCAGAGAAAAGGACAUAGCAAUAAGAGAUCUAAAGGAAAAGGUUGUCAAACUCAGUAGUUUCAAUAGACAACUUGAAACCCAGAAGGCAGAUCUUGUUCAUGAGUUGAAACUGAAGAAUGCAGCCCUGAACGAUAGAAAACAUAGAUAUGACUUGCGGAAGCAGGAUUACCGUAGCUCCAUUAUGGUUUUGGAGGACAUGGAUAUAUCCGGCUCGGAGCAUUCAGAUGUUGAAUCUGAGGAUGAUGAAUGGGUAUUUUCCGGGGAUGAUGAAUUGUUAAAUUCUGUACUAAGGCCAGUUAGGAAAAGAAAUCAUAGAAAUCGAAAUGGAGGUGGCUCUGGUCCAAGAGGCAAUCGAUUAGAUACCAGUAAUAUGGAAGGGGGCUCUAAAAACUCUCCAGAAGAGUGCAUCACUCCUCAGACGGUGGAAACUGCAUCUGGAUUAUGCUGUACUUGCACUAAAAGCUCGUCAUGUAAGACAAUGAAAUGUCAAUGCCGAGCUGCUGGUGGCAUCUGUGGGGCAUCUUGUGGCUGUUCAUCUAUUAAGUGUUCCAACAGAGAACCUUCAUCAACCAAGGUGGAUGAGGAACCAGACAUGGGAAUUAGUAGGGGUAAUGUUUCAGAACCAGAUGAAAUGGAGAAGAAUCAGAUCCUUGCUUCCCAAGGUGCUAGGCUUCUUCUGAAUGCAUUGGGUGAGAAGGCAUCAGAGACUAAUGGUGACAAUGGCACAAGGAGGAAGCCUCUAACAGACAUUGGCAACACACUGGCUAAGGCCAAUGCACCAAAGCCCAACCAGAGAAAGAAAUGGCGGAAAUCCGUAAUACAGCUAGUUCCUGUUCCUCCUUCCUCACAGCCUGAGAACUCAGCAGUGCCCCAAAUGCCAGAAGACAUGGAAGCUCCCAAAAGGCCGGAUAGCUAUGCAAGCGAGCCAGAUAUUCCGAAGCUUCCUAGAGCCAUGAGAUCAAGAUCAUCAAACGGAGUUAAUCUGUUGAGGGAACGAAAUGCUGGCAAACAAGAUGAAUCAAGCAACAAGGAGGCUGCUACUGUUCCUCCUAACAGCAGUCCCGCUAGGCCAACAAGAACAUCAGAUGAGAAAGAGAACUGCCGCCGUUAACGUGGUAGUUUCAUGUACUGUUGUUUACUGGUAACGUAUCCCACACUAACAUUGUUAUAUUUCCAAUGUACCUCAUCACCAUGGACCAUUUUUCAUGUCAGAAUUUUUUUUUUUUAAAAAAAAAUUUCUUGAAUU